AACCAUAUGCAAGAGUGGAUAUCUUAAGUGAGGCCACAGAAAAAUUUGUGAGUUUUUUUUGUGCAUUUGCUAAAUUUCUUUCUUUUUCCUUUCCCCCUUCUCUAUAACAUCCCGCUUCUGAGAUCCCUUUCUGUCAUCGUCUGUCUUUCAAGAAAUUUGUUGUACUGCAAAAUUUUAAGGGUUGGUUUGUUUUUUUCUUGAUUUUGAACUCAAACUUCAGCUGCAGAAAAUCUCAAAGCAAACCCCCUACAAGGGUGUUUUUGAAAGCCAGGUGAUUCAGAAUAGAGAUCCAGUUUUCUCUUGUAACUUUGGUAUAGUUUCUUGUAGCUCUUCUUUUGCUUCUAGUUUGAUUAAAACAACUAAGAGGGUCUUUUUUUUUUUUUUGCUAUCCCUCAGGUGAGUUUUGGUUUCUUGAUCUUUCAUUUUCUUGAAGGUACAUAAAUUACUAGUACUAUCAAGGAUACCAAAAGGUUCUUUAUUUCGAAACCUGUUUGAUCCUUUUCUUUUCUUUCUUCCUCUCCUACCAUCUGUUUCUUUAGUUUCUUGGUUCACAAGAACUUGGUUGUUAGUUUUUUCACGACUUUUUUUUCGCUCAGAUCUCUUUUUUUUUUUAAGUCUGAAUUAUUGAUCUAAGUUAUGGCAACAGCUAUAGAUAUCUACAGUUAUAGUAAUCCUGUUUUCUCAUUAUCAUCAGAUCCCUUGAGGGAAGAGCUGAUGAAAGCACUUGAACCUUUUAUGAAAGCCCACAUGUUUUCUCAAGGGUUGUCUAGCUUUGAUGAGAUGGGAUUUGAUGAGCAAUCAGGUGGUGGUUCAAUUGGGUUAAACCAUCUGACCCCAUAUCAGAUCCUUGAAGUCGAGGCUCAAAUCAAACUUCAAAAUCAACAACAGCAAUACUUAGCUGCUCAGUCCCUCCAAAACUAUAGCUCAACCAGGCAAUUGCAGCACCAGAAUCAUUCCCACUUGAGCUUUCUUGGCCCAAAACCUGUCCACAUGAAGCAAGUUGGAACUCCUCCAAAACCCGCCAAGCUUUACAGGGGAGUUAGACAGCGACAUUGGGGCAAAUGGGUAGCUGAAAUCAGACUCCCCAAGAACAGAACUAGGCUUUGGCUUGGAACCUUUGACACAGCUGAAGAAGCCGCCUUGGCCUAUGAUAAGGCUGCUUAUAAGCUGAGAGGAGAGUUUGCUAGGCUUAAUUUUCCAAACCUUCGGCAUCAAUUAAGCCAAGAUUUUGGUGACUUCAAACCUUUGCAUUCCUCUGUUGAUGCUAAACUUGAAGCCAUUUGUCAAAGCUUGGCCGAUUCUCAGAAACAGGGGAAUACAGGGGAGCAGCAGCAGAAGAAGGUCGGGGUACAGACAAUUCCAAAAGUGGAAAACACCUUUGAUGAUUCAUUGAACAGUGAAUAUUUCUAUCCAGGAAAUGAGGGUGUUAAGGUGGAGGAGACCUCAUCAUCAUUAUCACCUUCAAGAUCUGAUGAAACAUCAUCACUGGAAAUGUCUUCACCUGAAUCUGAUAUAACUUUCUUGGAUUUUGCUGAGCCCACUUUUGACCAGUCAGAGAAUUUCUUGUUGCAGAAGUACCCCUCAGUGGAGAUUGAUUGGGCAGCUUUAUAAUUUACUAUAUCUACUACAUGUAUUAGUUUUUUUGUUUCCUUUCCUUUUUCUAGUCAAGAUUUUAAUAUUGUAAUAAUCUAGAGUAUCGUAGAGUCUGAACUAUGGCUUUCCGCAAUGGUUUUUUUGACAUCUGCAGAAGCCAGUGAUUAGUGGUGGUGCUGAAGUGUCUAGUCUGUCCAUAUGUGGUCUGCUGGCAUUUUUAUCUGUGCAUGACCAAGUGGAGAUAUUUCUAUCUGCAUGUGUUUGGUUUUGUAGUUAAUGUAACCAAGCAUAUCCAUGCAUGUAUAAUGUACUAUCAGCCUUGUUUAAUGUAAAUUAUGGUGUGUGCUAUAUUUCUUUUGAUUA